CGUCAAUGUCGUCGAUUGGCAGUGCGGAAUCGCCAGAGUUUGAACUGUUAGUGAUAAAGUGAAAAACGAAAAUCUUUAUCUUUGGCGAAACACGCAAUUUCGUCCGGAUAAGUAAGGAGUGGCCGGACAUUUUUCUCAUGCGGUAUCCAACAUUGUGCUGCUUUCCGAGACCGUUUUGUCCCUAGUUGGAACGUUCUGGAACCGUUCCAACCUCCAGCUGAGGAGAAAAUUUUUCCUUCGACGGAAGAAGCAAAAGGGGGCGUUUACGUGGUUACUGAAUUUAACUUGUCGGACCAUCCGUGAAAAUUCGGUGCCGAUUUGGCUGAUGAUCAUUGCUGUAAUUGGAAAAAAACCUGCCUAGUUUGUCUGAUAGCGAAAAACAGGUCUAUCAUUUUCGUCUUGCAUUCGGAACUGGUUGGAUAGAAAACCUGAAAAAUUAAAAUGAGCGCUUUAGCUCCCGAUGUCAACCAUCACCAGAUCGACAUGCUGUCGAUCGAGACGCUAGUAAAUGAGUUCUACCAUCCAGCAACAACAAAUGCGCGGAAGCAUUCGAUCGAAGGUCAUCUGCAGCAGUUUCAGCGAGCGCCUCACGCUUGGGCCGUGUGUUUACAAAAUUUGCAUCACUUCAACAAUCAGUAUUUCUGGUUUUUCAAUGUCUCUACCGUGGAGGUGACUAUCAGCCAGCGAUGGCUUACGUUGGACGAAACCGGCCGCGGUCAGAUUAGGGACUCGUUGUGGUCGACCUUUGCCAGUUUCUCCCAGGACAUUCCGGGCUUACAGCGGGACAAGGUUGCCCAGCUGGUGGCACUGGUUGGAAAGCGACAAUUUCCGGAUGAUCAUCCCGAUUAUAUGAAUCAGAUAAUGGAACUACUUAAAACAAAGUUCACGCUAGGAAUCACACUGCUACGGGCCACUUCGGAUGAAAUUACCAGCACCAAAGCCGACAUCACAAGCGAACGACAGAAGUACCUGUCGUACUGCGUGUCCAUGUACCUCCCCGCGGUAUUCGACGUACUGGAAAAGUAUGCCGAACUGUGCAUCACACGAACCAGCUGCAAGAAUGGAUUGAACCUGGCCUAUCUGCCGGCACCGUUCGGUGACGAUUCCCGCGUAGAGCAGGCCACCCUGGACCUGCUGCUAUGCGUACAGCAGAUCUUCUCGUGGGCUCCACUCGAUAACAUCACAUCGCCGGACUUCUUUCAAAGUCUGUUUGUGCUAGCCCGCUGGAACGAUUCCUACAGUGAUGUGUCGGUUUCUGCGCUGACCACGAUUUCUGAGUUGUUUUACCGGCAGAAAGCACUACCGUUACCGACAGUCAUUGCAACCGGCAUUAUCGAUCUCCUGCAACAAUCCGCACUGAAGCUGUCCAAUGAACUGUAUCAGGACAAGUUGACGGAAUUGUUGCGAUUGUUUACUGCCCAGCAGUGGGCCAAGUGGAGCAAGGAUCCUCACUUCCCUGCCAUGAACUAUCUGAACUGGCUGUUUCAGUAUACCUUUUUCGGUUACGGAGCGUUAGCCUUUACCGAGAGGCUUACGAUUUGGAAUCCGAUCAUACGCAGCUCGACAUACAGUGAGUCAAAUGGGACAGCUUGCAAGCACGUGGACAAAUUGUUUGCGCUAGCUGCCGGGACGGUUAAACGGAUGCUGUUUCAGCAUGAUAUCGAUCAGCAGUUGGAAAUGUUAGACAGCGAAGAGCUAGAUGAUGAGAAUGAAACUGAACUACAGCAUUUUUUGAACCAGUGUAUUGAUACGAUUGCGAUGAUAGCCGAGGUCGAGCCGGUUCGGGUGUUUGAUUGCGUGUUUUCUGAGCUUGUAAAUCCUUGUAGUCCGUAUAACAAAGUUCUUUCGACGGUUGGAAUCCUGCGUCAUGAAGCUAGUUUAAUAAAACCAGGGCUGGAUGAAAUGCUGGAUGAAGGGCUGGAUGACAAUGGUCCUAGCGUUAUGCGAUGCAAAUUGCGCGAUUUUAUAUCCCUGUGCCAAAUUAUCACUCGAAUUAGCCCGGUAUUGUAUGAACGUUCCGAACGAACAAACGUUUCACUGAGAUAUCUAGUGCAAUCGCUGGUCGAACUGGUUGAUGUGGUCUCCAGUGCCGUUGGCGAUCCAUUGGAGUACUUCUUCGACCGGUCUGCGUCGCUGGCUAGUGACCUAGUGGAAGUGAUGGCCCAAACGCUCAGCACACUGCGAAGUCUGCUACUCUGUGCGCACAUUCCAUUCGGCGAGGACGAAAUGAUGCAUUUUGUGGGAAGCAUUCCAAGAUUUCUGGCGCCUCCAACCAAAGUAAAGCGAGAUCAGCUAAAACUGUUGACCAGUGCAACGGCUCAGCUAUUGCUCGCUGUUAGUGCCAACCUACGACCGAAAUACCUCGUGCAGUUAAUCAAACCACUGGUUCACAGUGACUUAGGCCAUCUGGAUCGAGGAACAGCCUUGACAGUUCGACGGGUUGUUUGCAACUGCUUUGUACUUCCGUGGACUGGAUGCUCUAGCGAGGAGCAAAACUUUGAAGGACGUGCUGCCCUUCUACAGGAAUAUGUUGCAUUUAUUGCCGGUGAUUUGAUUAGGAUAGAUUUAGGACACACUUUUGGCGCUCUCAAUUCUUCGUUCGAAUAUGGUCAAGAGGAGAAAGUUACUUCGGUUGCCACGAUCGUGCUGAGUAUCCUGCGUGAAUUGCUAGAUCACUACCAAGAACAGACCAGCUCUGUUAAGCAAAUGUUGGCCAGUGCUUACAGACCUGUGAUAGAGAAAACCCUUACCAUCUACAGUGCUACUAGCAACAAGAAUUGCGCUUUGGUUGAACAGAUCUUUGACUUUUGCUUGGGCGUCUUCAGGACGCUGCAAAUUCAGCUGGGUCAAAUGUUUCUGAAAAACAUCAUUCAACUGCUACUGGAAAAAACCAAAACGGAACAAAUUACGGCACAGCGAUUUCGUUCACUGGAUACUCUGCUAAAAAUGUUCCUACUAAUAGUGGAACAACCUGGAAACGCAUCAUUGCUUUCGGAUAUUGUGGUUUUCUCGAUUGAACAUGUGCUACCGAUGGUUUUCUGCACGGAACAUAACAGCAAGAGCGAGCAAAGUGAUCAUGCGGACUUCAGUCUAUCGUUAUAUCUAUUGUUCAACGGCAUUUUGCUCCACCGAUGGCAGUACUUUUACAAAUCAAGUGUCCUGAAGCAAAUUUCCCACAGUGUCACCGGUGACAUCGUACAGCCAUCGUCGGCGCUUGAGCAUCCGGAACAAUUCGCAGCGAUCAUGAACGCGUACGGGCAGGCGAUAGUGUGUUCAAAUGACCCGCACAUUACACGGGCCACACUACAAUCGCUACAGGCGUUAAAUGAACGAUGGAAGCUGUAUCAGCGGGAUUUUUUCCGAACCCAGCUGCUGCAAUCGUUCCAGGCGGCCAUCAUCAAGGCCCUUGUGGCUCCGGAAGGUAUUCUGCAUUACGAACUGUUCCUGGCCGUGCUGUACAACAUGGGCGAGGUGGAGAUGAAGCGUUUACAUGAGACGUUCACAGGUAUCGGUUUUCCGGCCGAUUCGCAAAAGGUAGACGAGGUGUGCAUGGCAACGGAUUAUCCCACAUUUGCACAUCGCAUGAACCAGCUCAUACAGGAUACCAAGUGCAGCCAGCUGAAUGGAAUCGUGUAACCGGACAAGCCGCAAAUCAACGUUUGUGGGCAGAACUUUUUUCUCCUUCUUCUUUCGAUUUACUUUUCAUAGACAUCCAUACAAACAAGCACACGGCACCCUUUCUCCAGCUUGCGUAUAGGUACUGAUUUUUUCCCUUCCGUUGGAAAAUCACCAUUCCACAGCGGAUGCGGAAAAAAUCACAUCAGAACGCGUGGGGCAGAACUGAAAUUCACGAUGAUUCCAUAUUAUAUUGUAAAAUUAAACUAACUUCUAGAGGAAACCGGUGUUACGCCAACCUCCGGAUAGCAUUCAGAUAGGAUAACUAAUUCUUAGGGCGAAUCGUAUCGCCGUGGUAUUCUAAGAGCGUACGUAUACUACACAACUAUAAAUUAUACCGAAACAAGAUUACUCUGCCGAAAAGAAGAAAAACAUCUGCCAUACCAGCAUAAUGGCUGUUAAGUUCAACUUAACUCGAAUCCAAUAAGCAACAAUAGUGUUGAAAAAAAUUGAAAGCGUAUGUUUUUACAAGUCUAUUUUUUUUUAAAUCAUGUAAUAGAGCUUGCUUUACAACUGAGUGACGUACGGAAAGCGAGUCGCUCCUAUGAAAUCUAAGUCGCAAAUUUACCGUUAAGAUUUUAUUUUAUAAUCAACCAUAGCAUGUGAUAAUGAAAAAGAUUAGUUUUUUUUAUUAAGGUUCGUGUUAAAAUCAAAAAAGCCAUCUACUCUAUUUGUCGUAUAUUUUGUGUUCUAUUUUGUAUUCUAUUUUGUAUUCUGGUAUCUUCUGUUAUAUACUAUAAAUGUUUUCUUUUUCGAGUUUUAAGUUUCGAUUCCGCUGCAACGGACUAAAGUAAAGUUUAUGAUGAAAAAAGAAGUAGUAUUACAAAUAUGGUUUCCUAUAAAAAAGAAUAAGAAAAUUG